GAAUAUUCAAUGAGCUAUUUAAACAACAGCAACAACAACAAUUCAAAAAAUGAACAAAUUAACAAUCAGAAAAAAAUCAGCCAAUUUUUCAAUCAACCAAGAAAUAAACAAUAUUUUGCCUAUAUGCAAGAUGAAAAACUUUAUACAAUCAAAAAAUUAAACAAUUCAUUUUCAAUAUCGAUCAAUGAAGAAACGAUUGUUAAUUUUGUUUUUGAAAAAUGUUAUAAAAAUUUUGCUGAAACAUCAAUAAUACCAUUAAGAUUUUUACGAUUUGUUUUUGGAAUAGGACGUCAACGUGUUUCUGGCUAUAUUUUUAUUGAAAGUAAAGGAAACAAUGCCAUCUGUUUGACAUUUGAUUUUACAACAAAUAAAGGAAAAAAUUAUCUUUUAGCUUUUCAAGUUGAUUUUCAACAAACGCUUUUUGUGAUACAACGAAGAUUUUCAUUCAACGAAAAUCCCAAUCGAUCAAAACAUGAUGAAACUAAACUGAUUGAACAAUAUUAUGGUAACAUGACGAUCAAGGAUUUUAUUAAAAAAGUUAAUUUAUCACAUUCAGAUCAUAUAAAUAAAUAUGGAAUUAAAUUUAAAAAUUAUUUGAUAAAAACUAAAGCAUUAAAAAUGCCGAAAAUUUUUCCAAAUUUUAAAUUUAAUUUUCCCGAUCCUGAACGAAAAAUUCGAUGGAUAGUAUUGUGUAUGGAUGAAUAUUUUUUAAAUUUAAAAAAAUUUGUCAAUUCUUUUAAAGAAAAAGCUAUUGAAUAUAAAUUCAAAAUGGAUGAUUGUUUAUUCACUCAACUAAUCAAAUGUAUAAAUAUUGAAGAAUUGGAAAAUAUUUUUUCCAAUUUAAUUAGAUUCGAUGUUGAUUAUGUACUUUUUGGCAUAACUGAAGAUUUCAAAAUCAACGGUAUGUCUGGCCAUGAUAUAAUCAAAUAUUUAAGUCUUUGUAAAUUCGGUAUACCAUGUCAGAUAUUUAAAACAAAAAAUUUUUACAAUACAAUCGAAUUUGAUGAAAGUUUAUUCAUAAAAAUGAGCCAUCGAUUAGGUGAAUUUCCAAUCAAUAUUACUGAAGAAUAUUGGAAUAUUAAUGGUUUCAUUGAUUCAAAUGAUUCAAUUUUUAUGGCUGUCAAUUGUACAUCGCAACAAAUUCAAGGCAAAACAUAUUUUAUUAUGUCAAUUGUAUCAUCUAAAGAUCAUAAAUAUAUUUUAUAUGAUGAAGCUCAUAUAAUUGAUAAAAUACAAAAUUUCAAUCGAUUACGUCAACAAAUGUAUUUAAUCAUUUGUAAAUAUAAAGAACGAUUUCAACGAAUGCCUAAAACAGUUAUUCUUUAUUAUAAUGAAAAAAAUGAUAAGGAUUUUAUUCAGAUUGAAAAAUUAUGUGAUCUAUCAAUAUUUCAUCAAGAAACUGAAUCAAUCAAAUGGGUAAUCAUUAAUAUUGUUUUACCUUCCAAUAUACCCGGUAAAAUGUUUGGAAAACCUGAUUGUAAUCGUUAUUCAUAUUUAAUUGAAGAUGAAAAAAUUUUUAAUGAAAAUGGAUUCAUUCUUUGUCAUAAUUCAUCGUUUGAAAAUUCAAAGGCAAUAUCAAUGAAAUGUGUUGAAUGUAUUAUCAAAAUGAAUACAGCAAAAUUAACCGUUCAAACAUUGGCACAAAUUACCGACUUUCUUUGUUAUUUAUUUACAGAAAGUUUUAAUGUUAAAAAUCAACCAUUACCAUUAUCAUAUGCAAUUAAUUCAACAAGACAAGCAUUUUCACGAUUGAAUGGUAAAUUAUUUGUAUCACAAACAUAUUUGAAAAAUUAUUCUGAAGAAGAAUUUUUGGAUAUUAUGAAUAUUUUAAUGAAAUAUAAAUUUCUUCAUGAAAAAAUUUCAAAUCCAUAUGUUUAAGCUAAUAUUUUUUUCAACUUCAACUUUUUCUUUUGAUGUGUAACA